UUAUUUAAUCUCUUUUUUUUUUUUCUUAUAUAAAGCCCAAGAGAUCCUCAACACGGGCCACAUUUCCCUUCAAAGCUCAAUUAAAAAUAGAUAGGGGGGGGGAAAUGGGGGAGGUUAUCAUUUUGGGCGCUGAAAAUAAUAGAGUCCUCAGGGUCCUUUCUUUUUGUAAGCGGUAACCCCUUUUUCAUAAGGUUUAUUACGGAAGCUCAUACCUUCUUUCUUUCUUAUUAUUACUUUUUAUUUUUUUACUUGUGGGAGAUGACUUAUGAUAGACCUGUUGUAGUAGUUGCAGAGGAAGAUGAAGAAAUAAUAUUUAAUAAUGACAUGUUGCGUUGGCCCAAUGAUUAUCCACUGCAGGCAGUGGUUUCCAACGAAACCAAUAAUUCACCUUCCACCACCACACCGUUACCUGCUAUUAACACAACAAACCCUUCUUUAGCUCCACCCCCUCCUAUCCUGGACCCUUCAAAGCAAUAUCAUCCAGAGUGGGGUGUCAUCAAAGAUGGUGACUUUCAUGCCCUUACCCUGAAACAUCAGAGAGACCUCGAGAAUUUGUACGGAACUGGCGCUCCCAUUGCUGACUUUUAUUUUUGGCAAGCAAACUUGGGUGGCUAUUGCAUGGCAGAUAUGGUACAAGGUAUCGUCGUCUCCUCAGAAGGCGCUUACGUCCUCGAAAGAAAAAUUGUAGAGGGCGCUCCUCAUCCUGGCCGAAGAAAAAAAAAACGCGGUUUGGGGUGAGAAUUAACAAGUCUCCCAAUGAUCAUUUUCCUGCAUGAAUGUAAUCUCCAUCAUCCAUCCAUCCCCCCCCCCCCAAUGUAGUUAAUCUCUCUUUUUUUUUCUCUCUCUCUCUCUCUUUUUUUUUAUCCCGCUUAAUUAUUAUUAUUAUUAUUAAAAAAGAAUAUAUGAAAAAAAAAA